UAUAGUUGUCGCACUUGUAAAAUGUAUCAUUUUUUGGAGUUGGUGAAACCAGGUGAAAUGAAUAGAAAAGAAGUGAUAUUUUUAAAAAUUCUCACUAGUCAUUGAGAAUUAAAGUUAAAGACAUUUACAGUACGGAAGAAAGUGGAUCUUCACCGUUCCACUCUUUUAUCUUUUUUUUCUUUUUUUUCCAAUAAUUUACGAGCAGCGAUCGACUUUUAAGAUAGAAUCAUCGCACGCUAUAUAAUGACGGCAAUAAAUGUGAAUUGGCUGCAUUCUGUGGAGGGAGAAUCACUAAUGCAUCAUUUCUAUGUAAACACAUCAAAGAAAAGGAGAUUUUAUGGUAUUCUUGAAAGACCUCCCCUACCAUCUUCAAUCGAAGAAGUUACAUAUAAAAUUUUUAUGGUUGGGAGAUCUGGAGUAGGGAAAACUGCUGUUGUAGCUCGUCUUGCCGGAGUAUUAGAAUCCAGUAAUUAUACUGAAACUAAUGGGAUAAAAAAGACGAAUGUAUUUUGGCCAGUUAAAAUAUGGGACAAAGUUGUGUUGUUUAAAUUACAGUUUUGGGAUACAUCGGAAACAAGCAUUAAAAAAUAUAAUCACAUAUUACCCGCUUGUAAAGACAAAGUAGAUGCUAUAUGUUCUGUAUUUUCUUUCGACGAUGCAACAGGAUUUAAUGACGUUCCAUAUUUGAUGAAUACUAUGGCAGCUAUAAAAGAAAAACCAGCAAAUAUAGUGAUAGGGACAAAAUUUAAGCCAUGGUCGAGUUCUACAAUAGAAGACACACGUAUAAAAGAAUUUGAGGACAAAUGGAAAGUUAAAGUUAUUAGAAUUGAUAUUAAUAAACCUUCUAUGAGAUCUGAAGUGUUUGAUUGUUCUUAUCAGUUGAAUACUAUAUGUAACAUUCUUUGGAAUAGGGAUAAAGAAUUUAUAUCUAAACAAAUGGGACAAAGCUAGCAAAUUUUUUAUUGGAUUUCUAUAAUACUCCGAGACAUUUUUUAUACGAGAUUUAAUAAAGAAAUGAGAAACAAUAAAAUUCUGCUAGUGGGGGGAGCA